GUCCAGCGUUUCCGCAAAACCUCCUCGGGAUCUCCGGUCAAAAUUCACGUCAUCAGUUUUAACUGAACCUGUUGCAGGCGUCAACUAACGGGAAUCUCUAGGAGGUUUUUCUCUUUAACUUUCUGUUUCGUGUUUAUUCGUGGUUCGUGUGUGUAUGAGAUACUCAGCGUGUAAUUGAAUUUAAACCCGCAUCGAUAAACAGCUUUAUUUUCAGGACUUUACCUCAGCAGUGUGCUAGGAUUUCUGCAAAAGAGGAACAAAAUGAACUGUGGCCUGCUGACAAACAAGAACGAGCCAGUUCCACUGAAGAACAUCGAGGUGGAACUGCAAGUUCAGGGGCAUGUAGCGACAGUGACCUCCACCCUGAAAUAUCUAAAUGAGGAAGAUAACCCCUUGGAGGCUGUAUUUGUCUUCCCCAUGCCUUCAGGAGCUUCUCUCUGCCAAUUCAGCGCCAAGAUUGCAGAUCAGGAGAUAGUGGCUGAGGUGCAGGAGAAACAGGAGGCGCGGGAGCAGUAUGAUGAUGCAGUGAGUUCAGGUGAACAGGCGUUUCUGCUGGAGGAGAGUGAGGAGUCUGCGGACGUGUUCAGGCUGAGUGUGGGCUCUCUGCCCCCACGCCAAAGCGCCUCUGUCACCUUCAUCUAUAUCAUUGAGCUGAGUGUGCAGGCUGACCAUUCACUGCAGUUCUGCCUGCCUGCAGUGCUCAACCCUCGCUACACACCAGCCGGUACAGGGGGUGGAAUAGUAUCGGACAUAACAUCAAGUUCCACUGGUAUCCCCUACUCUCUCUCUUUUACUGCACAUAUAAGCUCCCCAAACCCCAUCACUAAAGUGGAGUCCAAAUGUCCUCUAGAACCUCUGAUGUUCCUCAACACAGACCACACCAAGGCAAAGGUAAGCCUUAAUGCAGGUCACAUGUUUGACAGAGAUGUUGAGCUGUAUCUACAUUAUCAGAAUCCUCAUCAGCUCACUGCUAUAGUGGAGGCUGGAGCUCCUGCAGCACAGCCAGGAACUCUUAUGGGAGAUCCUGUGGUCAUGGUCAGUUUCUAUCCAGAGUUUCCUGAGUCAGUGAUGUCCUCUAUGUCGUCAUGUGGUGAGUUUGUGUUUGUUAUGGACAGAUCUGGCAGUAUGUCGUGCAGAAUGCAUAAUGGACCAGAUGCACAAGAACGCAUUGCCUGUGCCAGGGACACUCUUCUCCUGCUACUGAAGAGUCUCCCCAUGGACUGUUACUUCAACAUCUAUGGUUUUGGCUCUCACUAUAAUUCCUUCUUCCCUCAAAGUGUGCAGUACAGUCAGGACACUAUGGAGCAGGCUGUGCAAAAGGUAAAGGAGAUGCAAGCAGACAUGGGGGGCACAGAGAUUCUGCCAGCUCUGAAACACAUUUACAAGCAGCCUUGUGUCCUCAACCACCCAAGACAGCUUUUCAUAUUUACAGAUGGUGAAGUAGGAAACACCAAAGAUGUGCUUCGCUGCGUGAAAAGCAAUGCUGAUUUUCACAGAUGCUUCUCAUUUGGGAUUGGUGAAGGUGCAAGUUCUGCACUCAUUACAGGAUUGGUUGAGAACAGCUCUGGCCACGCCCAGUUCAUCACAGGAACGGAUCGCAUGCAGGCCAAAGUAAUGCAGUCCCUUCGCUAUGCUUUACAACCAGCAGUGACUGAUAUCACUGAGGACUGGUCUGGUUUGUCUUUCAACCGUCUGAGCCCCCAAAUUAAAUCACUGUUCCAUGGUCAAAGAGCACUGAUUUAUGCCCAAUUGAAAGGAGAGGAAUGUCAGAACCCAGAUGCUAAGGGGAAAAUAUCAGUGCGGUACCGCCUAGGAGAUCAAGAGGUCACAAACACUGUCGACUUCUCCCUGAAGCCUGCCGAGAACAACGGGAUGGCUAUCCACAGGCUUGGCGCUCGCUCUCUGAUCCGCUCUCUGGAAAGGGACGAGCAUGUUGAUGGAGCUGAUAAAGAGGCUCUGAAGGCUAAGGUGGUGAAACUGAGUAAGCAGUCUGGAGUGAGCAGCUCACACACAGCCUUCAUAGCUGUCCAUAAGGGCAGCAAACAAGCUGUGAAGAGACCGCUGGUGAAGAGGAGAAUUCCUACACCGAUGCUGCACCUACGUCAACUGUCGUCAUCAUAUAACAUGAGUUUCAUGGCUGCAUCAUCAUUCAAGAUGGGGAGGCGGUUCUUUGAAUAAUCUCAUAUAAAAUGGACAUCAUACCCCUUUGCAAGGGGUCCAUAUUUAACAACUCAUCUAUCCAGCCCCCUUCUGGCCGGUUCAAGGAAGGAGAGAAAUGUUUCUUAAUGAAACUACGGACCUGUAAGUAUCUAAAAAAAUUAGACUGAGGGAUCUCAGAGUCUGUUCUUAGCUGUUGGAAUGAAAUAAAUAUGCCGUCUUUGAAAAGGUCUUUAACACAGCUUAUUCCAUUUCUGGACCACAAUUGAAAUGCCAAAUCUAUAAGGGAAGGAGGGAACAAAGGAUUCAAAAGAAUAGGGGCAGAAGGUAACGCUUGUUUACUAUUAAAGUGAAGUCUAAACUGUGACCAUAUUCUGAGUGAUCCACGGAUAAUUGGGUUAUUUGUAGAGUAAUGUUUGCUGACUGGGACUGGAGCACAUAGCAGUGAACGUAGAGAUACUGGAUUACAUGUGUGUUGCUCCAUCAGCAACCAGAGUGGGGCUUCAUCACUUGACAUAUCAGAAAGCCAGAAAAUCAAUUUAUGUAGGUUGGCUGCCCAGCAGUAAUAUAAAAAAUUUGGCAUUGCCAAUCCACCCUCCUCCUUCUUCCUUUCCAGAUAUUCUUUUCUUAUGCGUGGAAUUUUCUUAUCCCAAAGAAACAUGGAAAUACAGUUAUUUAGAUCUCUGAAAAAUGAUUUGGGAAUGAAAACAGGCACGGUCUGAAAUAAAAACAAGAAUCUUGGUAGUAUUGUCAUUUUAAUGGAGUUAAUCUUCCCGGCUAAAGAUAGAGGUAGAUUUGACCACCAUGCCACGUCUCGCUUAGCUUUGUCCAGUGCUGAUUUGAAGUUAUUAUUAAACAAAUCAUUAUAUCUGCAUGUUACAUUCACACCUAGAUAGAGAAAUUUAUCAGAGCUUACUGAGAAUGGAAAGGAUUGGAAAGACAUUUGUUGUGCACUUUGAUUAAUAGGGAAAAGAAGACUCUUUGUUAAAUUAAUUUUAUAUCCUGAAAUAUUUCCAAAAUCUGAGAUAAUUGUAAGAGCAAUUAAGAGAUCAUCUGCAUAAAGCAGCACCUUAUGCUCAUAUCCCUCCCUGAGUAUACCAGGCAAGCCCUCUGUAUUCCUCAACAGGAUUGCGAGAGGCUCAAUGGCAAUAGCAAAGAGCAGGGGGGAGAGAGGGCAACCCUGCCUUGUCCCUCUAGAGAGAGGAAAGCACUUAGAAAUUAUAUUAUUUGUUCGAAUGGAUGCUUGGGGCCUAGUAUAUAGAAUUUUGAUCCAAGAACAGAACAUGGGGCCAAAGCCAAACCUUCUAAGUGUUGCAAGUAGAUAAGCAUAUUCAAUUCUAUCAAAUGCUUUGUGGGCAUCUAAAGAUAUUAAGAUCUCUGGAUUUAUAUUAUUUUUGGGUGAAUAGAUAAUAUUAAAUAAGCGACGAAGAUUGUAAGAAAGCUGCCUCCCAGUAAUAAAACCAGUUUGAUCUGGAUGAAUUACCUUUCUCAUGAUCGGUUCGAUUCUGAUUGCCAACACUUUAGCCAGGAUCUUAUAAUCACGGCAGAGUAAACUGAUCGGACGAUAAGAUUCACACUUAAAUGGAUCCUUAUCCUUUUUAAGAAGGACUGAUAUAACAGCCUGUGUCAUGGAUAGAGGAAGAGAAUUUGAAACAAGGGCUUCCUCAAAUACUUUACACAACAAAGGUGCUAACUUGGCAGAGAACUUCUUGUAAAACUCGGCCAGAUAGCCAUCAGGACCUGGAGCUUUUCCAGAUUUUAGUUUCUUGAUUGCAUUACAAAUCUCGAAAACAGUUAUAUUACCUUCUAAAAUAGAUUUAUCUGAAUCCUUGAGGGAUAGCAAUUCUAGAUUAUUAUAAAAAUCCUCUAUUCGAUCAGUGUCACUCACCUCAGAACUGUAAAGAAUUUCAUAGAAAAGUUUAAACUGAUCAUUAAUUCCCUGUUGAUCAGUAACAAUAUUGCCAAUCCUGUUUCUGAUUGCUGUUAUAAAACCAGCUGCUGCAGAUUGUUUCAAUUGAUAACAGAAAAGCCUGCCAGCUCGCUCGCCAUGUUCAUAAUGAAUCUGGCGUGACCUCAAGUGCAGAUCUUCUGCGUGCUCGCUGGUCAGAGAGUCAAAUUCAGCUUGAAGCAGGAGUCUUUCCUUUUGCAGUUCCUUGGAAGGCGACGUUAACUGCGACUGAUCGAUCAGAAACGAACGCCCUCACAGCCGCGAAUUAAACUCCUCGCCUCGUUGAAAGCUGCACGUUGCUUGCUCACUGACUGGGUGAAAUCAGGAAGGACCCGUACUCGAUCUCCGUGGGUUGUGGUGAUUGUCUUCAUUUCCACGGCUUUCUUCAAGAUGUGCUCUUUUUCAGAGAAAUAGUGACAUCUCACCACAAAAGCGCGCGGCGGUUCAUUGUCGUUAAUUGGUUUGCUGCGAAGAGCGCGAUGAGCCCGAUCCAAAAGUGGAGUCUUUUCAAGGUUCAAGGCAUUUUUCAGGAGGCCAGCUUCAAAAUCAGUCAUACGUUCACCGUGCUCUCGCCCCUCUUUAACUCCCAUAAUGCGAAGAUUUGAGCGGCGAGACCUCGCCUCGAGAUCUUCACUUCGUUCUCUCAGCAGGGCCAGCUCCUUUUUCAUGACAUUGAACUGCUUUUCCAGUGUAGUAAUAGAGUCCGAAUGGCCUCCCAAGGCAGACUCCAGUCCGGUCACCCGCUUCUCCGCUGCUUCCAUUCUGACACUAUCGUGCUCAAUGGCACUGCGUAACUCCGUCUGGAGCUGGUCGAUUUGAAUGCAGAGUUCAUUUGAUUGAGCAGCGGCCUUUUCUUCGAUUUUUGAAAUCAAGUCCACUUUCAAUGUACUAAUUGCUUGAAGAACCGCGCUGUUGUCACUCGCUGAGACCGUUUCUUUAUUUGAAGCCUCAUGCAGUUCGGGGCUAAGGUUAGCAUGAUGGCUAACAACAGAUUCUACCUCUUUGCGGUUGCUCCGGGUCUUAUUCAUCUUGCUUCAAAAGCCAAAUUUAGUCCGAAACAGCAGGACUGUUGGGCACUUAAUAUCCAACAAAUGCAGCUUUAGCACAAUAAUGCCUAUAGAUAAGAGCAAUAUAAACGAAAUUUGAAGUUCCUCAUGAGGAGCUCAGCAACUCUACGUCUUUACAUGGCGCCGCACCAACCGGAAGUCAUAAACAUAUACUUUAAAAAACCAGAGAGAAUGAUUGAUUUCUGUGCCUAUGAACAUGAAGUGUAGCUUGUAAUCACUAGAAACAAACUUAAGUUUAUUAAUUGCUGUUUACUAGUCAAGGAUCCAAGGUAUUUCAUGCCUCUUUCUGCAAUCAAUCAACCAACCAAUCAAUCAAUAAAAGCUGUUUAUAUUUUUUAUCUCAUCACUAAAACCUGUCUGACGUAAAUGCUAGUGUGUGACCUGAGCUUUAGCCUUUUGUGAAGAUGCAUAACUAACCAUUUUGUUUUCUUUCCUUUAAUU